CCACGCAUGCGCAUUAACGGCUCGAUCUCCGUAAUGACCCUUUUUUUGCCGGGGGAGGGGGGGAGAAAGAGAGAGAAAAAACAAAAGAGAAAAUAAAGGGUCCUUUCUUGGUAGUCUCUUCAGACUCUCAAAAGUUGAAGAAACCCAAUAACUCCUGAAGGCGGAAGACGCUGAUGCUCUGAAUGUGGAUUUUGUUAUGUGGGGAAAGGGAGAGUUUAACAACGGUUUCGUGAGAGGGAAGUGACGUCAAGGCGGGACGAAGUUUGAAUUAUGAGGAGGCGAUUUGUUUUCUCUCUAAAUCUAUAUACCGUGCUUGCAGAAAUAUCCUAGGAGAAGGAGUGUUGUCUGUCUGAAAAGAUGCAGCGGUCCAGAUUACCCGUUUACCGUCCCAGAAACCCACAUAAUGCCAUGUCUCCAGUGGAGGCUCCGACUGCCAAGAUGCUCAGAACAGAUAAAAUCUUGAGGCCUUCAUUGAAAAAUCUCUCUAUGAACCAGGUGCUCCCAGAGUUUGAGAAAGAUUUACCUCGGACAUUCAAUUUUUCACAGAAAAAGUCUAGUGCUGUCCUCUUUGAGGCAACAGCACAGCCAGGCAAACUGUCUUUAAACAAAAGAAAGAAAAUACCCCCUUUAUCAAAGAUGACUCGUGCUGACAUGGAAAAAUACAUGACACUGAGAGUGGUUGAAACAGAGCUUAGAGACCAAAAUCAGCUCUUGGAAGUCGCCCAGCAGCAGUUAAAACAGGAACUGAAGAUGGCAAAGGACCAAACAGAUGAGUUAAUGAUCAGGGCCAGGAGCUUGCAAUCUGAAAAGGAAACACUUGGCAAGAGGCUUCAGAACUGCACAACUAUACUGGAGAAUAACCUGAUUGAUCCUGUUUCAGCCAAUAGAAUAAUUGAAGAACAUGAUCAAAAGAAUUCAUGCCAAAGGGAUGCAGUGUUGUACUACAGAGUUACAAAGUGGAAUGACUGCUCAAUAACUUACCUGCUUCAGGUACAUGUGGAGAAUCUCCAGGCAGAACUAGAAACAUGGGGAAAAUAUGCUGACGAAAAGAAAGGGAGGAUCCAGGAGAUGAGACUGAAGUUGGAGAACACCAAGGAGCAUAGUGUUAAAAUUGUACAAGACACUGAUUUGAUCCAGAAGGAACUAGAGGAGUGGAGAAUAUCUUUAAACCAAUCAAAACAACUUUUGCAUCAGGAUUUUGAUUGUGCUGAUCCUUUGAAAUGAUAAUGAAUCGCUUUAAGGUGUACAUUUGUUUAAUAAAAUUGCUCAAAGGGAAUGGUGGAAUUGGCCCGUUAGCAGUAUAUCAGUUGAUCAAGAUCCUGUUACUUACUAGGCAAAUCACCAAAGUCUAUUCCCUAGGUAAAAUAACAGUGGUGUUAUGUUGUUCCACACAAGACAUCCAUGGAUUGUUUAUGCCAUUUUGAGUGGGUGGAACCAAGGAACUAACUUGGAGGGAACACUGGUUACAAGGGAUAACACAAAUAUUGCCACAUUGUGUAAAAUAUUCUAUUGGAGGUAAAACUGCAUCACUAACAGUUAAUUAUUUCAGGACCUGUCUGCUAAAUGAGAAGUGACCCACAUCACACUGUCACUUUACCAUUGACAGGUUUUCAUUUUACAGAAUGUGUUCACUGUAAAAGUUUACAGCUUUAAGUUUAGUUUCAUUUUAAUGGUGCGAAUGCCUUCUCUGCAGUAUUUUUUUUUCCUUUAUAGAGAUGCAUCGGUUGAACCUUCAUCCAGCUAACUAGCUGAACUGUCUUAAGUUGCUGUUUCACAAAACUUGAUGGAUGUUGUAGACAGAAGUUAACAACCUCCAUAUCGAUUUCAGCCCAAGAUAAAAUUUGAACUAUUAUGCAGGGGAGUUAGUAAGUUUUACACUUAUAGCAUAUGAUUUUAAAUUCAGCAUUGAAACAGACAAUUUGGCCUCAUAGGUCCAAAAUAACAAUUUGUCUGGUAUAUGAUGGAUAAAUAAAUUUUCAUAAAUAUUAUCAACAACUUCUAUCACUUACUUGCCUCAAACUUUAAAGUACUAUUGGAUCUGGUCUCGGCUUAUCUUUUAAAUGGUGUGGCAGAUGAAUUAUGGCCAUGGAAUCGAACAACUAACUCACUCCAAGCCAUACUUUUCAAAUUGCUUUGUUCAUUGCCUGACCUUAUCUGAAGCAUAUUUUUGCUUUACUUGCUACCUCACAGGGCAGUUAAGAGUCAAUCACAUUGCUGUGGGUUUAACUCCUGUAGAGUAGACAAGGAAAAGAUUGCUGAUUUCAUUCCCUGGAGAGCAUGAGUGAACCAGAAUACCACCACAACAGUUGGCAUCCUUCAAUGUGAACAAUACACAGCCUAAUUAUAUACAAACCUUUAUUACAAAAAAAGCCAAUGCAUGUGACUAUAAAAUAUAAAUACAGUUAAAGUAUUCAUUAGAAACUUCAAGAUUUUGAAUGUGGGAUUACAAAAUAGUGUGUAACUGCACAUCAGGUAAUUUUCUCAGAGUACUCAUUUUCAUUGAGACAGUUAACUGCGUUUUAGCAGUUCUUUAAUUUCUUUGCCAGGCGUGGGUCCUUGCGAAUCUUUUCUUCCAGAUCAAGAUACUUUAUUGGUGCUGUCUCUUUGUGCCUGUGAACAAGUCAAGGUUUGGAAUGUUAACUUCAGUAUUUUGAAGGUAGAAGGAAACCAUUUGACAAUAUGGGUUUAAUUCUUAAAUUAUGAAUGGUUGAUUAGAUAAUAUCUAAUUCUUAAAUCAGUAAUGAAUUAACAUUUCUCAUGAAUUCUCAUUUCUGAUUAGUCAAAACUAAGAGCUAAAGGCAAGUAUUCAAAUCAAUAAGGACCUAACGUACAUCAGUUUCCUGUAGGUCCACAGCACUAAACUGUUCACAAUUUCCCACGAGUUAACACUAACUUGAUCUAUCAUCGAAGCAGAUUGGGCUAAGAAAUGGAAAUGUUACAAUAACAACUUGCUUUUGUCAUGGUUUUAAUAUAGCCAAAUGUCAAGUGACCUUAAAAUUUUAUACCAAGACAUUUAAAAAGAUAGCAUAGAUGAAUAAAAGCUUAGUCAAAGAGGAGGUUUGAAGGGGAAAUUUUAAGGGAAAUGGAAAUGUCUUUUCAGUAUAUCAGUCUACCUUUUGACACUUGCUGCAUGUUUCAUAGCAUGUACCCUGAGGAUAUUAAGGUCGCUUAAGCCACGUUGCCUUGAAUCACUAAGCUU